AUGGCGCUGUCGUCCAGGCCCUCAUCACCCACCUCCACCGCCGCCACUAUAAACACCACCGCAGACACCACCACAGACACCACCACAGACACCACCACAGGCACCACCACAAUCAGUGCCGCCACCAACACCAUCACCAUCCCUGCCCCCCCUGCUACCCCCGUCGCGCCUCAGUGUGCCCCCCCGUGCUCUCUGCUGCCGGCAGCGUUGGCGUCCAGACCUGGAACCAGCACAGGUCAGCUUAGCAGCUGCGGCCUGGCCAGCGCCUGGGCCAGCAGCUCCUCCGGACCGGAAGCGACACCCAAGCUGAAGCCGCCCAACUGCUGCGCCAAAGCAGGCACAGGCACCACCACUGCUGCCAACAGCGACGCAAGCACCACCCCCUCCACCAGCAGCACCUCCACCAGCAGCACCCAGUCCACCUGCAGCACCCAGUCCACCUGCAGCACCUUCACCUGCACCCGGUCCACCCGUGCCGCCAGUGCCAGUGCCAGCGCCAGCGCCCCCGGUGCUGCCUGCUGCGAGCCUGCGCCUGCCCGCCAUCCUGCCCGCCAGCCUGCCCAGGCCCGUGGCCCCGCCCCCCCCGACGCUGGCUCUCCCUCCUGGGCCUCGACCUCGACGUCCCUCUGCUCGUCAGCGUCGCGCACCCAGUCGCCGUCGUCGCCGCCUCAGCCAGCAACCCCACCCGACCUUCUCUUCGCACGACCGUCCAAGUCCACGUCGGCAACCUCACCCGUGACGGCCAUCUCGUCCCCGUUCGCCUCCUUCGCCUCCUCCGCCUCCUCCGCCCCCUUCGCCUCCUUCGGCUACAACCCGUCGACGCGCGACCAGCUGUCCUCGCUGGCCUUUACCCAGAGCGACCUGGCCGUCUCCCACCUCGACCUCGACCUCGACCUCGACCUCGACCUCGACCUCGACCUCGACCUCGACCUCGACCUCGACCUCGACCUCGACAUCGACGUCGACGUCGCAGCAGCCGCCGCCGGCCACGACGGCGACCGAGACGACGCUUCCGCCACCAUGACCUCUAGCACCCUCGACGCCGCCGCCGCCAUGGGUCGCAGCCGGCAAGACUCCUUUGUGAGCGCCGGGCCCAAGCCCAUCUCCGUCAACAACCAGAACCGCGAAUCCGCCAACCGAAAUCGCAGAGAAUCGCUGGCCGGCAGCCUCAUGGGCGGCAUGAGCUGGGGCGGCAUGUCGUUUGGCAGUUUUGUUCGUGACGAUAUCAUGAUGCAAGGCACCUCGCCGAACCCCUUUGGCGGCGUGGCCGCCCAGUCUUCAUCAUCCUUCCACUCCUCGUCCUACCUGCCCAAGCUGGAGGCCAACUUCAUGAGAGACUUCACCUGCUGCGGCAAGAUCCUGCCCAACCUUCACGACCUGCUGCAGCACUACGAAGAAGCCCACACCCAGUCAAGCCCCAGCAACCCCCGCAACAAUGCCUUUGCCCAGUUUGGCAUGCAAGGCUCGUCAACCAUGUCGAGCUCGCGCACGACGCCCACGGGGGGGUCCGGCCAAGGUGGCGCCGCGCAGUCUCCGGACCCGGCCGGCCAGCAGGUUUCCGUCGGCAACGGCCUUGCCCUGGGGGGCAUGAAGACGGGCGUCAGCAACGGCGUCGGCCAGAUGAAUCCCGCACUAGCCACAAACCUCCACGACGACAUGGACGCCGUUGCCGACAUGGAGAUGGAUGACGACGCCGUCGGCACCAUGGACUUUGACGACAACAACAAGAUGCACCAGACCCGGCAACUGUUCGGCCAGCAACAGAGACCCCGGCUCAACAUGAACACGUCGGGAAUCACGCAGGGCCUACGGACCUCGCAGCCACCCACCCCUGCCGCCGCGAGCUUCGGCCUCCAAAACAACCCCACCGUCUCCUCCGUCAACACGCCCACCCUCUCGACCGCGCAGCAGCUGCCCCAACAGGCCCAACAACAACAACAACAACAACAACAACAACAACAUCAACAACAACAGCAACAGCAACAGCAGCAGCAACAGCAACAGCAACAGCAACAGCAACAACAACAGCAACAGCAACAACAACAACAUCAGCAGCAGCAGCAGCAGCAGCAGCAGCGGAACGGAGGCUUGGACGACAUGGACGACGACAUCCCCGGAAUGCCCAUGGGGGGUGGAAACUCGGCCGACCUCGGUGACGACAGCUUCGCCGGCGGCAACGACACCAACUUUUGCAUAAACGACCCCGGAAAGCAUCUCUUCAGCCCCGGCGGCGCGUUCCAGCAAGGGAACCGAUCCAUCCAGGCCCAGCUGGCCCAGCUCGGCCUCACCCAAGGCCAGUUCGCCGAUCCCGAGACGAACAAGGUGCUGCUGCAACGGCUGCAGAGCAUGAUGAUGCCUGACGAGCACAAGCCCUUCAAAUGCCCCGUCAUUGGCUGCGAGAAGGCGUACAAGAACCAGAACGGCCUCAAAUACCACAAGGCACAUGGUCACCAGACGCAGCAGCUGCACGAAAACGGCGACGGAACCUUUUCCAUCGUCAACCCCGAAACUAGCGCUCCCUACCCCGGAACGCUGGGCAUGGAGAAGGAAAAGCCUUUCAACUGCGAGACUUGCGGGAAACGUUACAAGAAUCUGAACGGGCUGAAAUACCACAAAUCCCACUCGCUACCGUGCAAUCCCGAGUUCAAGCUGCAAGCCCUAGCCGCGGGCUUGAACCUGCCGGGCAUUGGGGAAGACCAAAUGAUGCAAUGA